CAAUGGGACAAGGGGAAGGAAAAGGCUAGACCUAGAUGUUAGAAACUAUAUUUGGGAGGAGUCAGACUUCUUAGUCUUGAGUCUGACACGUAAAACUUUUACUUGUGUUCUCUAGAUCCAGCAAGAAAACCGUGUGAUCGUAGACUAUUUUUAGAGCGCCACUCAAUGGGGAAAACUGGGGCUCAAGGAAUCGGUCGAGGAAAAAGUCACUUCGCAAGAAUGAGUCUGAACACAAUCUCAAAUUGAUCUAUAAAUAAGGUUUAUUAGUUUCUAAAAUCCACAAAUUGAUAGAUUACAGUUAUUUCGAAACGCAGUGGCCACUGGAAACGUUGCUGUGCAGCGCAAUGGCUGCCCAGUGUGACUCCUUGAGCGGAUACUUGCAGCAGUCGGACCAAGGCUCGAAUAGUGAACGCAGUACUGACUCCCCCGUACCCGGCUCCGAGGAUGAUUUGAAUGGACCCCAUGCCUUACCAGACCCGGAGUGGACCGAGGAGAGAUUUCGAGUGGACCGCAAGAAACUGGAAAUCAUGUUAUUAGCUGCCACUGAAGGAAGAGUCAAUGGUGGCGAGGAUUUCUUUCAGAAGGUUAUGGAUGAAACCAAAACACAGAUUGCCUGGCCUUCCAAACUGAAGAUUGGAGCCAAGUCCAAAAAAGAUCCGCACAUUAAGGUUUGUGGAAAGAGAGACAACGUGAGGGAAGCCAAAGACCGAAUCAUGUCAGUCCUCGACACAAAGAGUAACAGGGUGACCCUUAAGAUGGACGUGUCCCACACGGAGCACUCCCAUGUCAUCGGGAAGGGAGGGAACAACAUCAAGAAGGUGAUGGAGGACACGGGCUGCCACAUCCACUUCCCCGACUCCAAUCGCAAUAACCAGGCAGAGAAGAGCAACCAGGUAUCUAUUGCAGGCCAGCCAGGAGGGGUAGAGGCAGCCCGAGCCAAAAUCCGGGAACUGCUCCCCCUGGUUCUGUCGUUUGAGCUGCCAGCCAUUGUGCAGCCUGACCCAGGUUCGCCCACAGUGCAGCACAUCUCCCAGACCUACAGCCUCACGGUGUCCUUCAAACCCCCCACACGCCUCUACGGGACCACCGGGGUGGUUCGCGGUUCUCAGAACAACUGUAGUGCCGUCAAGAGAGGCACUGCCAUGCUGUUGGAGCACCUAGCGGGUGGCCUGGCCAGUGCCAUCUCAGUCAGUACCCACCUGGACAUCGCCCCCCAACACCACCUCUUCAUGAUGGGCCGCAACGGCAGUAAUGUUAAGCACAUCACUCAGAGGACCGGAGCCCAGAUCCACUUCCCCGACCCCAACAGCCCCCAGAAGAAAUCUACGGUCUACAUCCAGGGUACCAUUGAGUCUGUCUGCCUGGCACGCCAGUACCUCAUGGGCUGCCUGCCCCUGGUGCUGAUGUUUGACAUUAAAGAGGACAUCGAGGUGGAGCCCCAGUGUAUCACAGCUCUGAUGGAGCAGCUGGAUGUCUUUAUUAGCAUCAAGCCCAAACCAAAGCAGCCCAGCAAGUCUGUAAUUGUAAAGAGUGUGGAGCGCAAUGCAGUGAACAUGUACGAAGCCCGGAAGUUUCUAUUGGGUCUGGAGAGCAAUGGUGUUUCAUCAUCAGCCAUGUCCCCCUCCACCAAUGGGCCCUCCCCCACCCUCAUCUGUCCCGUCGGCCUGGACAUCCUGGCCUCAGCUGGUCUGGGACUAAGCAGUCUGGGCCUCCUUGGUACAUCAGCACCCCAUCCCCUUAGCAACUCUCCGGCUCCAAACUCGAUCCUCAACAGUCUGAACUCAUCCAUGAGCCCCCUUCAGAACCCCAGCCCCAGCACCCCAUCUCCCUCCCCUUCCCUGUGGCCCAGUUCUCUCACCAGCACCCAAGGCUUCUCGUCUCAGUUGAUGAUGCACCCUGCUGCCCAGGCCACUCUGAGCAGCAUCCUGCUGUCUGGGGUCCAGGGAUACACCCAGAACACCCCUUCGCCUCCCCCAGGCCUUGCCCCCAUCGACAAGCAGACCAAUGGCAUCCCUGACUGUUCCAAAGGACCUUGUACCCUCAAUGGACAUGUCAAGCACCCUGGCUCAGUCUAUGGGAGGAUGUCCAGUGGGUCACUGUCAGACACAGUGCUGAACCCUAACCAGUGUGACACGGUCCAGGAUUCCAGUGGACACAACCAGUCAGAACCCCGUUCCAGCAAGUCCAACCAAGAUGAAGGCUCUGACACAUUUGUGGAAGUGGGCAUGCCCAGAAGCCCGUCUCACUCAGCCAACGGCAACGAGCUGAAGCAAAUGCUGGCUUCCUGUAAAACAUCAGGGAAACGGCAGGCAGUGGAGCUCCUGCAGGGGACCAAAAACUCCCAUCUCCAGUAUGUCUGUCCAGAGCUGCUCUCCGACUGCCUUCUGUCAGACCCCGAGUCGAGUGCUUCAGACAGCCCAGUGACUGAUAAAAGGGCACCUGGCAGUGAGCGGGCAGCAGAGAGGGCAGCACAGCAGAAUGAGAGGGACAGGAUCCGUUUGGCACCACAUUCUUCCUUUGCCAACAUGCAGGUACAGCUUGAGGCACUUGAAUAUGAACAGAAAAAGCUGUUAGCAACCAAAGCCAUGUUGAAGAAGCCUGUUGUGACUGAGGUGCGGACCCCUACUAACACAUGGAGUGGUCUUGGUUUCUCCAAAUCCAUGCCAGCAGAGACCAUUAAGGAGCUUCGCAGGGCUAAUCAUGUGCCCUACAAACCCAGCAUGAGUACCACCUACGAGGUAAACUCUGACUAUGAGGGCUCCCCUCUGUCCCUGUCCCGCUCUGGCAGUAGAGAAGGUGUGGCCAAUGGCAGUGACUCUGACAACUGGAGAGACAGGAAUGGGGUUGGGAAUGGUCUUCCCAGCCACACUGAAUUCCCAGCAUCUGUUAGCAGUCCUAAGAGGAAGCAGAACAAAUCCGCUGCAGAUCACUAUCUCAGUAGCAGUAACUACAUGGACUGCAUCUCCUCGGUCACCGGGAGCAACGGCUGUAGUGUCCAGUCCUCUCUGAAAGGAUCGGACUUGCCAGAGCUGUUCAGCAAGCUUGGCCUGGGAAAAUACACUGACGUGUUCCAACAACAGGAGAUUGAUCUCCAGACCUUCCUCACUCUGACGGACCAAGACCUGAAAGAGCUGGGCAUCACCACAUUUGGGGCACGCAGGAAAAUGCUGCUUGCCAUCUCAGGUGUGAAUGACUAUGAACUAAACAAGAACCGAAGGAAGCUGUUCGAGCCGCCUAUCAGGUCCUCGUUCUUGGAAGGGGGCGCCAGCGGGCGCUUGUCUCGUCAGUUCCAUGCUGACAUGGCCAGUGUCAGUGGCCGGUGGUAAAGCUCCACUCGCAUACGACCAAACAUGACAGGGACCCAGCCUGCAGUGUCUAUGUCUGGGCUGAUGUAGCCCAGUCUCCAGCCUCUCUGGGUCCCUGUGUUCCAUCCUUCAGCUGACACUGAACAAUUGUUCACCUUUUUUUAAAGGCCAUAACAAAAAGCCAUAGUUAAAGAUGUGCCAAAAGAGAUCCAUCUCAAUGGAAAAUCUCUAUAAAAAGUCCAGUGUUCAAUGCUACAAUAUCUGUGGUGCAUGAAGGGUAUUUUACUAGUUAUGAAGGAAAGGUACUGUCUAGUAGUUCAUUUUUGUUGAAGGGAACAGGCCGAAUGAUUAGUACAAAAUAAUAAUAUUGAUACCAUUUGCAUUCGUAGUAUGCUGUUGUAUCAAUGACAUGCACUUUAACAAUACUAGACUUUUGCCUGUUAUUGCCAGAUUGCUCAUAUUGGAAUAUCUAUGCAUUUUGUAUUAACUCGAAGCACAAAUGUAUUUGUACCAAGCCAAAAGUGCACUUAGUGAGACGGGGUAUGGAAGUUAAUGAAGUUUAAAUAUCUAAGUGCCAAAGUGACUUUGUCAACCUAACAAAGAAUCUAGAAGGACCUUUGACCCCUCAGUGCUUUGAUUGAUUGACAUACCACAAAGAUCAGAUUGUGUCCACCAGCAGCUGCAAUAGUUACGCUGUAGUCUGUCAUAUUUUGUCUUUUUUAUUUUUUUUCUUGACAUUAUAAUGUUUCUUUCUUUUUGUUUGUGGGGGUUGCAAAUGAUAAUCAGUUUACAUGUAUGUUUUGAAAUAAUUAUUUUCAUUGGUUAGUAAUUUUUUUGUUAGUCUUUUUUUGCCCGUUCUCUGUGGAAAGUUCAAGUGCCAUAAGAUAGUAGCAGAGAGAAAAACAUUGGUCAUUCUGUCAAAACAGUAGGCCUCCCUCUGAUUCUGUUUGGCCUCCUGUGGUUUUCUUAGCCUGUGUCAUGUCACUUGUCUUUUUUUUCUCUCUGUAGUCAUGUCAGUUGUAUUUUUCAUUAACUUUCACUGCUUUUAGCGCAACCAAUCAGAAUGUAGCAUGCCUCCACUCUACUACAGUACAGAAGGUCUCCCCACUAUUAGUGUAUACAAUGCCUUUGCUACUUUUAGUUUCCAUUUUAGGACAGACAUGACACCACCAUCUGCAUAAACUUCACCUGGUUUCAGAUGCCUAUUCUAGACACGUUUCUUCUAAAUUUACCAAAACUGUGUCCUCAUGAAAGUCUUCACAACAUUUAUUGUAGUUAAGCGAAAACACAUAAUAUUGAGCAUCAGUUGUGCAAUCUGACCCGGGAUUUUUACGAUGUAACUACAUACGAUGGAAGUAACAGGAUUAUGUGUGCAGUGGUGCUGCUUAUCAGAGGACCGUCUUAUUCUGAGCUGUGUAUUAUGUUCAUGUAAUAACACAGUAUUCCAUAACCCUUUUGGUUAUCUUUGGCUCUGAAAUGUGUCUUUUCUUGCUGUAACUGCUAUAGAUUGAACCCCAAGAUUAAGCUUGGAAGUUGAUUUGUGCGUUAUUUGCAGUCUUAUUUGCAGUCUUAGUGCAUUCUGUCAUAGACUGUUUAAAGUACUCAACAUCUUCAUGUGCUAAGUGUAUUGGUAGAUGGUACAGUAUUUCAGUGUCAGUGCAGUGAUCUGAAUGUAGAGUCCAGUUUGUGAGGCUAUUCCGUAAAAUGAAAUCUUGAGUUUAAAUUUACGUAAAUACAGCAUGUGGAAUUACCUGUAGGGAGAACAACUCAAUGCAUCUUACAUGCCGAAACAUUUCUAAAAUGUGUAGUUGCCACAACAGCAACAACACUGACUACAGUGUUAACAUUGACCAUUCUGUAAACACAGAGUGAAAGUCUUUUUCUUUGUGCAUGCUUUGUCUUGAAGAUCUGUUGUAUUAUUUGUUUACUAUACCACUUUCCUAACUGAUUUGAGCCAUUCUCAAUGUAAUUGUUGUAUCACUAAGAAAUCCUGACAUGGUUGUCAUUACCGACCAAUAGUGUGAUGUAUGUUUGAAAUCUUAAAGAGACAGGAUAUAAAAAGGGAUUUGUUAUUUCACAAAGAAAUGUGGGAUAUGUUCGAUCCUUCAUCAUGGUACUAUUUUGAAGCUGUUCAGCAUUGAUUAUGUUAGUGCAGUUAUGUUAGUCAAUGUAUCUACCCAGCAGACAAGACAAUGUUUGUUUUGCUUCUGUAAAGUUAAGCCUGCUGUCAUUUGUCAGCCUGGAGAGCAAUCAAGAUGUUGUCUAUCAAGUGAAUGUUGUCAGAAUUAUUGAUGCCUUUUAUCUUCUUUGAUGAGGGGAGUCAUUUGUAAUCUAAGUUUACCACCAGCCUCUUGUUCCUCGAUUCUUUUCCAAACUGUUAUGCAAUUUUUCUUUUUAAUGUUUUUUACCUGUUAUUCCUAAAGGGAUACAUUUGAAAGGGUCAACUUUGAGUUGGACCAAAUGGUACAUUUAUAAUGAAUGUAAACCACAAAGGAUGUUAUGUAUUGCGUUGUUUUUGUAUCAUGUGCAUCAGUGCUUGUUAGCAGUAUAUAUUUCUGGUUUUGAGGAUGGUACACCACAGACGAAUUUAAGGAGUGACAAUGCCUCUUGCCUAAGCUCUUUGCUGUUGCUUUUGUUAAAACAAUUGUUGAGCAGGACAUGGUUUUAGCCCUUUUAUAUCUGUAAAUAUAGUACAGAUAGAAGUUGUUUGGGAGGAAAUAAGCAAAAACAUUUGAUAAGUGAUACUGCAAAGUUAAUAAAUGUAUUCAGUAAGAUGUUUCCUUUGUUUUUUGUUUGUAGCACAUACUGAACAUUUGACUUAUUACAGUGAGAAAAGAUAUAGAACAAAAAUAUGACAAGUGAAGAGAGUGAAAGUAAUAGAAGAUUAUUACCAAAAAAAUCUGAUACAUUUUUAUUUGAGACCUACACUUACAUAAUCUGGAAAAUAAAUCCGGGUCUGGAUGUGUCCGAAUGAUGCCAGAGCUGAGAUGCCCACUAAUCCUCAGAGGCUAUAUCCAUCUAAUCCAAGAGAAUGAAUCCACUCCGUAGACAGAGCACUGGGAAACCCACUGGCCUACCCAGCAUCCUGACAUCAUCAUUCAACACACUGAUUAACAAGGGUGAUGUAUUUGUUCUUUAUCUUAACUAAGAUGGCCUGUAGAGCAGCAGAAGGGAGGCAGAGAUGCCCCAGCUGUGGAUUAAGAGUAGCUACAUGUUCAAUUCAUAAUAUAAAGCAAUAAGGUCCUACAUCCCUAUUGUGGUAUUUUGGUUUCUUUUUAUCCUUUGUUUUACCGCAUGACAAUUGCCGUUAUCUCCUUUGUUCUCUCCAUGGGAGAUGUGUGGAGUGUAUUUUCACUAAUAGUUACUUUUCGUU